UUCCUCUCAGUGUCUCAAGUUUGAUUUCGUUAACACUUAUCCCUGAAAUUCUUCUCUCAAUUCGCUUUCAUGGAUGCUGGUAGCAUAAUCCAAGGAUACCGGUAUUCUUCUGUACCCACAAACAAGAUGAUCAAAUUUGGUCCAAAUCUCAUCAAUUCAGUACCCUUUUCAGAUCAAGCCAACAUUAACCAGAUCUUCAAUAAUGAAUUGAUCGAACUUGAUGAAGACGAUUCAUCUCCCUCACAGUCAUCGGAGCCAGAGGAGAAAGAUUUCUCCGAUGCCCACCUCAAAUACAUAACCCAAAUGCUCAUGGAAGAAGAGGAUUUGCAGCACACACCUUAUAUGUUCCUAGAUUGUUUAGCUCUUCAAGCUGCUGAAAAAUCAUUAUAUGAUCUUAUUGGCGAGAAUUACCCCACAAACCCACCUGAUUCUAGAGUCAGAAAAAACGACAAUCGAGGUGAUGAGGAUGAUCACGAUGAAGUUCUCCAAUCCAACAGGAAUAACAAGCAGCCAGCGACUUCUUCAGAUGACCAUGAAGAACUUAACCAAGAAAUGUAUGACAAGUUAUUACUCUGUCCUCAUGUCGAAUUCAAUUCAAUCUUACCACUCGACUCAUGUUGUCCCGGUAGUAAACAAAAUCCCAAAGAAAACCCACGAUCUAAAAAACAAACCGACAGCCGGCGUCGGCGCCAGCCACCUCAAGAACUAGUGGAUCUACAAAGCCUCCUGAAUCUAUGCGCACAACACGUCGCUGGAAACGACAACCUCGCUGCCAACGAUCUCCUUCAUCGGAUCCGACAACACUCAUCUCCAUACGGAGAUAGCUUCAAGAGGGUAUCUCAUUACCUAGCCAACGGUCUUCAAGCUCGUUUGACUGGAACUGGGAAUUCCUCUUACACAAUUCUUGCAAACACAAGAAUUUCCGCUGCCCAAAUAUUGAGAGGCUACCAAGCAUCUUCCACCGCUAGCCCAUUUAAACAAAUGUCAAACUUUUUCGCAAAUAGAUCAAUUGGUAAACUAGCAAUGAACGCUGAUCGAAUCCACAUAAUCGAUUUCGGCAUUCUUUACGGCUUCCAAUGGCCAUGUCUAAUCCAACGCCUAGCUUGCAGACCAGGCGGCCCGCCAAUGUUAAGAAUAACCGGAAUCGAGUUUCCCCAACCAGGUCUAAAACCAACGCAACGAGUUGAAGAAACCGGACGUAGACUGAAAAACUACUGCGAAAGAUUUAGAGUACCAUUCGAAUACAGCACCAUAGCCAGCAAAUGGGAAGUCAUAAAACUCUAUGAUCUAAAACUAAACAGUGAAGAAUUCCUGGUUGUCAACUGCUUAUACCGACUGAGAAACGUACCAGACGAAACCGUGAUUCAGAGUAGUCCUAGAGAUAGAGUACUGAAACUAAUCAAGCAAAUAAACCCAGAUCUUUUUAUCCACGGAGUUGUAAACGGUUCAUACAACGCACCGUUCUUUCUAACCAGGUUCAAAGAAGCUGUUUACUAUUUCUCGUCGGUUUUCGACAUGUUUGAUGCAACAUUGGAGAGGGAAGAUGAAGACAGGUUGUUGUUUGAGCAGGAGGUGUAUGGGAGAGAGAUAAUGAAUGUGGUAGCUUGUGAAGGGAUGGAGAGAGUUGAUAGACCGGAGACGAUAAAGCAAUGGCAGGGGAGGAACCAGAGGGCUGGGUUUAGGCAGAUGGAGUUGAAUAAGGAGUUGGUUAGAGAGGUGAGGAAGAAGGUGAAGAUGAAUUAUAAUAAGGAUUUUAGUGUUGAUGAAGAUGGAGGAUGGAUACUUCAAGGAUGGAAAGGUAGAGUUCUUUAUGCUAUUUCUUGUUGGAAAGUUGGAGGAGAUAUCUAGUAUUUCAAUUUCUAUGAUAUUUCUUGGAUUAA